AUGGCAGUAUUCUACGACGAGGUGGAGAUCGAGGACUUUCAGUAUGACGAGGACUCGGAGACGUAUUUCUACCCCUGCCUGUGUGGGGAUAACUUCUCCAUCACCAGGGAAGAUUUGGAGAACAGAGAAGACGUGGCAACGUGUCCUAGCUGCUCUCUUGUUAUAAAAGUGAUUUAUGACAAGGAUCAGUUCAUGUGUGGAGAAACAGUCCUAGCCCCUUCAAGCAACAAAGAACUGGUUAAAUGCUGAAGAAGCCUUCAGAAAUUCAAAUCCAGAGUAACUGGAUGGAAAUUGCAAGUGAAAAGGCCCUGGCUUUCCAGUGACGAGUGCUUUAUGAUGUGCUGUUCUGUUGGAG